GUGCUUGUGACAAAAGGCAAUGUCCAGUGCCGACGGCUGGACCGAUCACCGUCUCGUCAUUUCCAAGAUGAGGAUCUGCCUUCAACCACGCAGGAAACCCCAAGCGAAAAGGGAACUGCCAACAUUGUGAUAAUCAUCGUGAAAUUUCGCUGCAAAAUAUUCACUCGUGUUCUCCUGAGCCAUGCCAGCAACCACGUAGAACAAGGACUCCUGCCGGAAAGCCAGUGUGGUUUUCGUCUUCAUCGCGGCACCAACAACCUUAUAAUCGUUGCUCGACAGCUGUAG